CUCUUCCUUUGACAAUCAAAAUGCCCUUCUCCACACAGGGGUCAUCAAUUGGAGGAGAGGCAAUAUCAGAAGGCAAUAUAUCGAUUGUUAAGUUUUCAUUAAGAAAGUUUGAAAGAUAAUGGGUUCUUCUGACAACGAUAAUAGUGCAAAAUCUCCAUCUCCUUCAAAAUCAGAUAAUAACAACAAUAACUCGUCAUCGAACAACAACAACAAUAACAAUAACAACGACAACAACAACAAUAACAACAACAACGGUAGUAAUAACAACAACAACAACGACAAUAAUAGUGAUGAUAAUAAUAUUAGUGGUAGCGCUAACAACAAAGACAGCAACAACAAUAAUAAUAGCGGAAACAACAAUAAUAAUAAUGGCGGCAAUAAUAACAACAGUAACAACAACAAUAAUAAUAAUAACUCGAAGAACAAAUCGUCGAAUUCUCCACCACCACCUCCUCCAUCGAAGGGUUCGCAUUCAUCAUCCUCACCACCUCCUCCAAGAUUAAGUGGAAAGUCUUCUUCUUCACCACCACCAUCUUUAUCUUCCAAUAACAAUAAUAAUGCUGCUCUUAUAGCUGGACUUGUGGUUGGUGUUGGGGUGUUAUUAUUGUUAUCAAUAUGCAUAGUGGUGAUUUGUACUAAGAAGAAAAAAAAGAGGGGUAAUGACAACAUUCCAUACUAUCAUGUAAAUCAUUCUCAACAAGAUCAACAACGUCAUUUCAAUAGCGGGCAACAAUAUAGCGAGCAACAUGCACCAUGGCAAGGGCAACACCAAGAAACAAACUACCCCUCAAGCCAAUGGAGCCCCGCCAUGGCGCCACCGCCGCCGCCUAUGAUGAGCAACGAUAUGAGUAGUGCAAACUACUCAUCAGGACCAAAAGGCCCCGUCUUGCCGCCACCUCAUCCAUCAGUAGCCUUAGGGUUUAGCAAGAGCACCUUUAGCUACGAGGAGUUAGCGACCGCCACAAAUAAAUUCUCACAAGAUAGGUUGUUGGGUCAAGGAGGGUUCGGCUAUGUGCAUAAAGGAGUUUUACCUAAUGGUAAAGAAAUAGCUGUUAAAAGCCUUAAAUCUGGGAGUGGUCAAGGUGAAAGAGAAUUUCAAGCUGAAGUGGAUAUUAUUAGUAGGGUCCAUCAUAGACAUCUUGUAUCCCUUGUGGGUUAUUGUAUUGCUGGUGGUCAAAGGAUGCUUGUUUAUGAGUUUGUACCUAAUAAUACACUUGAGUAUCAUCUUCAUGGAAAAGGUCGACCAGUCAUGGAUUUUCCUACAAGAAUGAGAAUUGCACUUGGAUCCGCCAAGGGUUUGGCUUAUCUUCAUGAAGAUUGCCACCCAAGAAUUAUCCACAGAGACAUAAAAACUGCUAACAUCUUGAUUGACAAUGCCUUUGAGGCCAAGGUUGCGGAUUUUGGAUUAGCUAAACUUUCAUCCGACACUUAUACUCAUGUAUCCACUCGUGUUAUGGGAACAUUCGGGUACUUGGCACCGGAAUACGCAGCAAGUGGAAAAUUGACGGAGAAAUCCGACGUAUUCUCAUUUGGUGUCAUGCUCUUGGAAUUGGUCACCGGCAAGCGCCCAAUUGAUCCAUCUGCUGAUGAAGAAGAUAGCUUAGUGGAUUGGGCAAGACCGCUAAUUGGACAGGCCAUGGAUGGAGGAAUAUUAAAUGGGUUAGUUGAUCCCCGUUUAGAAGCAGAUUUUGAUUCCGAAGAAAUGAUGCGUUUGAUUGCAUGUGCUGGUGCAUCUAUUAGACAUUCUGCUAAACGAAGGGCUAAAAUGAGUCAGAUUGUUAGAGCCCUAGAAGGUGAUGUUUCACUAGAGGACUUAAAGGAAGGGCCAAAGGCAAGAAGUGGUAGCACACUAAGCAACAGCGAGAGCUCAGAGUAUGACUCAAAUUCAUAUAACAUUGACAUGAAGAACUUUAGAAGAACAGCAUUUAACAGCACAGAUUAUCCAAGUAGUGAAUAUGGACAUAAUUCUGCUUCAAGUGAAGAAAUGUCCACUAAAAGAACUAGCCCUAACCCAAGAAAUUUUCUCUAAAAUCAUUAUUUUAUAAUUUCACCAUUGAUUAAUGUUAAGUAUGAGAUUAUUGCUUGAAGAAAAUGAUUUGAUUGAGAUGUUACUGCGCUUAUAAUUACUUUUCUGUUUCUUUAAAUUUGCUACAUUAUAUAAAUUAAAAUUAAAGUAAGAGAUUUCAGAAGCACGGAGGAGUAAUUGAUCAACAAAGAGAAUGUAGUUUUGUAUUGUUUUAUUUAAAAGAGAUGGUGGCUACAUUUAAUUAAACAUAGAAUGUAUUUUUUAUGAUAUAUUGUAAAAUAUUUGUAACAAUCACAAUUUUUUCGGAGCAUAUGUAUUUUAUCAGAUUUUUUUGACCUAUUGACUUCGUUUGA